AGAUUAGAGGCUGCGCGGGUAUCAGAGAAGUUACAAUAAGGAGAGCGGGCGCUGGAACCGCGUGUGGAAGGAAAGGCGAAGGGUAGACGGCUUUUCCCCGAGCAGGGUUCGGUCUGUGCUGUACAUUAGUCCCUGGGAGAGGGAUCUGCACAGAGAGAGAGAGAGAGAGAGAGAGAGAGGAAGAAGAAGAAGAAGACUCCAGACUCCUUGCAAGCUUUCACGAUAGAGCCUUAACCAUCUGGUCAUUUUCAAUGCGAAUCUGACAGGCUCUAUAUAUAAUUUCCUUCCUCUCCUCCCUCUCACUGUUUUCCAGCCGGACUCCCAUUAACAUCUGCGCAUGGAAGUUUCACAAUAAAGACAGAAAUCGUAGCCGGACUCUGGAAAGGAGCAGUCGCCAGACCAGAAUCCUCUGCCACUCGCCUGCUGCUCGACUGUUCCCGUGGAGUUCGGAGGAUCCCAAGGAGGGGGUGGAGGGGGGGUCGCCGUGUCAAAAGACGUUGCCGGACUCUCAGAGGGUGGGGGUUCAGAAGAGAUGGCUGGUGAUACCUCCAGGUCUCUGGUCUGCAACGUGGUGAUCAUGGUGCUGGUUCAGUUGGCCCAGACCAGCGGCUGGAGCACAGCGCCACGCAAGACUGUGAGGCAUGAUGCGCUGAAAGAGGUGAAACGCUUCUCAAAGCCCAGGAUCUUCAAUUACACCACCCUACGCCUGGAUGAAGAUGCGCAGGUGCUGUAUGUUGGUGCUCGAGAGGCAGUGUUUGCACUCUGGAUGGAGGACAUCACGGUGGAGGUGAAAGAAGCGAUCAUUUGGAAUGCCCCAGUUGAGAAAAAAAUGGAUUGUGUUCAGAAGGGGAAGAACAACCAGACCGAUUGUUUCAAUUACAUUCGCUUCCUGCAUAACUUCAAUAGUACUCACCUGUACACCUGUGGGACCUAUGCCUUCCAGCCCAGAUGCACAUAUAUUGACACACGGAAUUUUACUUUAAACAAAGCAGCCAUGGAGGGUGGCAAGGGAAAGUGUCCCUACGAUCCUGCCAAAGGACACACUGGCCUGAUUGUGGAUGGUGAAUUGUAUUCUGCAACGCUGAACGAUUUUCUUGGCACAGAGCCAGUUAUUCUGCGGAAUCUGGGGCAUCGCUACUCGAUGAAGACUGAAUAUCUCGCUACCUGGCUGAACGAACCAAACUUCGUUGGUUCCGCCUACAUCCAGGAAAGUGCAAACAGCGACUUGGGAGAUGAUGACAAAAUCUAUUUCUUCUUCAGCGAGAGAGCUGUGGAGUAUGACUGCUACAGGGAUCAAGUGGUGGCGAGGGUUGCCCGCGUCUGUAAGGGUGAUCUGGGAGGGGCUCGAACACUUCAGAAAAAGUGGACCACCUUUCUGAAGGCCCGGUUGCUGUGUUCAGUCCCCGAGCAACAACUUCACUUCAACAAGAUUCAGACGAUCUACACAUUGAAUGAUAGUAGCUGGCAGAACACAGUGUUCUUCGGGAUUUUCCAGGCUCAGUGGGCUGACCUGGAUGUGUCUGCCAUCUGCCAGUAUCGGAUAGAAGAUAUCCAGCGCGCGUUCGAUGGGCCGUACAAGGAAUACCGGGACCAGGCGCAGAAGUGGGGUCGAUACUCGGAUAAGGUGCCAAGUCCCAGACCCGGAGCAUGCAUCACCAACAGCCACAGGGUGAGCGGCUACAACACCUCCCUUGAGCUGCCCGACAGCACCCUCAACUUCGCCAAGGAGCACCCGCUGAUGGACGACCUGGUGCAGCCCGUGGGUCACCAGCCAUUACUCGUCCAGAAAAACGUCAACUACACGAGGAUCGUGGUGGACCAGGUUCUGUCGUGGAAGGGGAUUCAGUACACCGUCCUGUACAUUGGGACAGGAACGGGAUGGCUUCAGAAGGCCGUAAUGAUUGGCUCUCAGGCGCACGUCAUUGAAGAAGUCCAGCUGUUUGAGGAGGCGCAGCCCGUGGAAAGCUUGGCCAUCUCCAAGAAGAAGAAACUCCUGUUUGCCGGCUCACGGAGUCAGGUUGUCCAGAUCCCCUUCGCAGACUGUCAGAAGUACCAAAGCUGCAUGGACUGCCUGAUGGCGAGGGACCCUCACUGUGCCUGGGCCAACCACGAAUGCACGAGGAUCGACACCCUGACAAAAACUGCUGCAGUGUGUCAGGACAUAGAAUCUGCCAACGUUGAUCUGUGCCAAAGGAUGGAACCUGCCAAAGGAGACCCAAGGCCCAGGACCGUCACCGUGGUGGCGGGCACUGACAUCCUCAUGCCAUGCCUGCUCAUCUCCAACCUGGCUGUGCCCAAGUGGCUCUUUGAGGACCAAGACCUCACCAAGGUCUCCAGCACCGGCUACGAGAUACAGCCCAAAGCCUUGCAGAUAUUGGACGUGGCAUCGAAGCACGGUGGUAACUACUUGUGUUACUCCGAGGAGAAGCACGGACGCGUCCUGGUGGGCAACUACUCGUUGGUUGUGUUCACCAGUCAAGCCAUGGCCUUGGAAAGCCGGUCUGCUGGCUUCAACCUGGGCUUGGUCUGGCUAGGUGUCUUGAUCCUGGGUGCCUUGGUCCUGGCUUGUCUGCUGGGGACGGUCAUCUACCUGAACCGUAAGCUGAAGGAGCAGUUGGAGAAAACGGCAGAGGCCAGGGAAGCCUCGGGCUCCCGGGCAACCGAGCGCAUCCUGCCCAAGGAGUUGCCUCGAGGCACCACGUUCAUCCCCAGCCAAACCUCCAGCUCAGACGAGAAGCUGUGGGAGGCGCCCUCCUACUAUUACUCCGACGGCUCCCUGAAGAUCGUGCCGGGGCACGCCGUCUGCCAGAACGGCGGCUCGCCGUCACACAAUGGCACCGCCAACGGGAUCCCCGGCCAGCCCCUCCCCACCGCCAUCCAGUCCCCCACCCGCCUCAACCUGGCCAACAUCCGCGGGGCCAACACCAACGGUUACAUCCGUCUGCAGCUGGGUGAGGAAGGGGCCGACCCCUUCUCCGAGGAGCUGAGGAAGAAGCUGAAGCAGCGGCAGAUGUUGCCAGAUGCCAACCCUGAGGAGUCUUCAGUAUGACCAGAGGGUGACGCUCCCUUCCAGCACCCAGCUACCUCAAGUUCCGUGUAAAUAGCGACGGGGAACCUAACACUGAAACCUUGUAUAUAAUUCACGAGAGACAACAUUUAAAAGCUUGAGAACAUCCCAAACCUGAACAGAAACUUACUCCAAAAGACAUAUGCAGCUAACGCACCACAGGCUAUAUCUGUGCACUCCCAUUCACUCUUAUCUGUAGCUGAACUUUACAUACUGUGAAAAGGCAGAGAAAGACUACAAGCUGGCACACACUUCCCCCUUCAUUCCACAGUUGCUCUGGAUCAAGCUGGCUGCCUGGUGAUCAGACAGUGUGACCUGCCAGUGGAAGAGAGGUAACUGCAGUGACCCCACCGGGAACUCCCCGCUGCCCUGCCGUAUUGGGCACAUCACCAGGAUGUUCUGUCUGGGCUGUUGACACGUGGCACUGGGGCAGACGAUGUUGAGCGGCAGUGUGUAAUCCGACCGGGUGCCCUCUCCAACCACUGUCGCCUUCCUCUGCGCAGAAUGAGUUGACGUCAUUGAACAGGAGUUGGAUGUGUGGCCAAGUCUGGACAGGAUGACCUUGUACUUGUUACAGUCCUGCUGUUAAAGAAAAUAGAGAAGAAAUCUGUGCAGUUCAAACAACAUUGGUCUCCAUAAGUUCGGGCAGCAGACCGAGAAGUUGGAUGCUUUCUGUGUGAAUUAUUGGACAUUUGGGGAGUGAAUUGCUGGACAGGAAAGUUCAGGAGCUUUUGUAUAGAAUAACCCUGCCUUGCGGGUGGUGGGAGUUGGUUUGAAAACAGCUUUAAAGGUGGUCUCUAGUGCCCAUGAUCAGUGGACUAUGUCGUGCUGUGGAGGAUGAAUGGCCAAGGAAUGGCGAAGUGUUAGUUGGUAGUGUAAUAUAUAAAACGAAACAAGGUUACAUCAGUGCUGUGUGGAGUAAUGUGACAAAAUGAUCUGCACUGUAAUCGUGGUCAUUUGGGGAAUUGUUAUGAGGAUGGCUGAUAUUAUAAAGAGAGGGUGGGGACUGAUUCAGUAUCUGCACAAUCCCAAUCACAAUCCAACCGUGGGAAUGUGCCUGAUCCCUCUUUUAUUUGCAAAUGUUUUAGUUGUACAUAAUGAUCGUGAGGAUGCGGAGAUGAGGUUAUAGAAGUGAGUUUGUCCUACGCGGACAAGAGAAACCGAGGUUUAAGUAUGUGUAAUAUAAAAGGUAGAAAAUGCAGGCGAUACUCGAAGGCAGACAGUGUCAGCAGAGAGAGAGAAACGGUGAACAUUUUGAGUCAGUCAGAAUUAGUGUGAUUGCCAAACUGGUGCAGAGGUAGGUUGUAGGAGGAUCAGAGAGAAGGCGAUCGGCUCCUGAGGUCUCGCCUCCCGACUCUGCUGAGGGGAGGGGAGUGGGGUGGACACAUCUUGUUGAAUGAACCAGGAGGAAAUGGGAGAGAGGAACAGAGGAAGUUGCAGAUGAACUGUGAGGAAUCGGUGGUGAACAGGAGCAACACCAGGGAAACGGCACAGCGGCAAAGUGGCGGUCAGUCAGCUCGACGCUCUGCAGAGACACGGUGGUGUUCCGAGUCACAUGAAGUAAGAAUCCUCGCACUGACUGGGCCCCGUUGGCCUUGAGUUGGUGUGAGUGGGACAAUGAAAAACAAGUUCCAUGACCAAUACAAAAUAGCAUGUUCUGCUGUUGCUUGUGCCCAGCACUGUGGAUCUGUGUGUGACGUGGUUGCGUCCAAUGCACUUGAAUCAAUCUGCGGGUGAUACACUACUUUAUAAUGUAACUUAUUGAGCUCAGCAUGUAAUUUAAAUAAUGUACAGCCCCUCUGGAAAAAUAUUUAUGAAAGUAUUUUUAUAUCAAUUUAAAGGAUUAAAAUUUAGUAAACCAACAGG